CCGAAGUGCUUGCAGAUGGCACCAGGCACUUGCCCUUCGGUUCUCGGAAGGGCAAACGGGCGCCCCCAGGAGGGAUAUAAAAGAGUGCAGAGCCGAAGCCCAUGCACACUGCAGCGGGAUUCACCGGUGCAAAGUGGCAAGGAGGACCACAAGAUGGCGAGGGUUAUUGCUGUGCUGUUAAUCGGCGUGUGCGCCGCGCUGGCUGACCGCCACCUGGAGAACUUCACCCCAGGGCGGCCAAUCAACCACGGGCGCCCCGGUGUGUCCACGGGGGGCAGUGUCCCCAGCUUCCAGAGGCCUCAGGUUGACCCCAGGCCAUUUGGUCGCUCGAGGCGCUCGCCAGACUCGCCCCGCCCUCCGCCCGGCCUCCUGACCCGUCCCGUCCCCGCCCCGCCCGGGACGCUCCCGGACUCCCCGCGCCCUCCUCCAGCCCAUCUGACCCGUCCCGUCUCCCGCCCACAGCGAUCCCCUAACUCUCCCGUGCCCCCAGGGCACCAAACCCGCCCCCAGACCCAGCCUACUCCACCUCCAGGGCGUGAGACCCGCCCCCAGGUCCUGCCCGCUCACCUGACCAAGCCCGCCCACCGCCCGCAGCGCUCGCCCAACUCCCCCACGCCGCCCCCAGGCUACCAGCCGAAGCCGCAGGUGCAGCCCACGCCCCCGCCAGGCCACCAGCCCGUGCAGACCCUCCCGGCGGAGAUCCCCGAAGACAAGACCGCCGUCCUUCCCCCGAAGACGGAGGGCCUGAAGCCGGCGGAGAAGCCCCAGGUCGAGCCGAGGCCUUCGCCCGCUGACCUGACCAAGCCGUUCCCCCGCCCCCCGGGACCCCAGACACUCCCCGCCGCCCUGCCCUAGGGAGCCAGGGGCGCACGAGACCCAACAGGGAGGCCCUCGCCGUCGACCGCGUGGCCGGCGUCGAGGAGCAAUCUCGCUUAUCUGUUCAGAAGAAUUAGUCAACUUUUCAGGCAAAAAAAAUGUUAUGGAGCCUUAUAAAACGACCGCUACCCUAAAAUAAAGAAUCAGACAUUACA